AUGGAUACCCUGCUCGACGUGGGCACCCUCGAAUCAUAUCUCGCAACAGUCAAAGGCUGGCUCGACCAGAACCCGUUCGAAGUCAUUGCUAUCAUGAUGGGCAACAACAACGGUCAGGAUACCCGAAACCCAGCGACAGACUAUAUCGCACCUUUUCAAAACUCAGGAAUUAUGGAAUACGUAUGGACACCGCCUUCGGCUAGUCUGAACCUGACGGACUGGCCCACAUUGGCCGAGAUGAUUAUUAGGACUAAGCGUGUCGUGGUGAUGUUGGACUAUGGCGCAGACCAUGAACAAGUCCCCUGGCUGCUCAGCGAGUUCAACUAUCAGUGGCAAACACCCUUUUCGCCAACCGAUCCCGCGUUCCCUUGUACGGAGCAACGACCCCCGAACCAGCCAGAAGAAGUCUCACGCGAGCGCAUGUACGUGAUGAACCACAACCUGAACAUCGAAGUCAGUCUCCCAGGCGUGAGCAGCAUCCUCAUACCAGCAUACUCCCUCCUCGACGAGAUCAAUGCUGUUUCUGGAAACGGCAGUGUUGGUCUUAAUGUACAAAACUGCGAGAAAAUGUGGAAUCGCCCGCCGAGUUGGAUACUCGUCGACUACUACAACUAUGGCAACUUUAAUGGCUCUGUCUUCCAGGUUGCUGCGACGGCCAACAACGUCACGUACAACGAGCAGUCGUGCUGUGGCACAGAGAGUACCAGCGCGGCGCAUAUUCUGAGAAGUCAAGGGCUUUCUAUUGCUUCAUUGUUCGUUGGCGCUUAUCUGUUGUGGUGA